UGAGUGCAGAUAACAGUUCGGUUUCUACUAGAACAGCUGCCACAAUAUCGCGAAAAAAGUCUUAUAAUAAAGUGUUUUAGUGAUUAUUUUAUGCUCUAAUCGUAAUUUAUAUUUCGUUGCAAUGUUUAUUUUUCUGUAGGGAUCGAUACUCGAAACGUAGCUGCAGCAGGACAGUACCAAGGAAUUCAAAACAGAGAAUGUUUUUGCAAAUUGAUUGAAUCCACGGUGUUCUAGUCAGGGUUCUAAAGUGAAAAAGUAGCCUUGUGUUUAGUAAACAAACAGCUGUUCAAAGGGCAACGAUCGCAGCAAGAUGCUGUGCUACGAAGGCAAGCUGAGCCUGUACUGCUUUGUUAGUGCCGUUUUCAGCUUAGCUCUGCAAUGGGUUUUCUUCGAGUUGGACGUGUUCGCCGGAGAUGUUGGUUUCUGGGUCAAAGCCGGCUUUCUUGGGGCUUAUUAUCUAGUUCUGAAUGUUGCCAUCCGAUUGAAGUUUGUCACCAAAGAUUAUCAGAUUGCCGUGCGAGCAACAUUCUUAGGAGCUGUAUUUUCCCUGGGGGUACUCAUAUUCCAAAACUGCCCAGAAGAGUAUAAAUCAUUCGGAGUUUAUGUCACACUGAUGUCCGUAUUCCAUUAUUCGGAAUAUCUAGGAAUAGCAUUUUGCAAUCCUAAAACUCUUUCGCCGGACUCAUUCAUUCUGAACCACUCACUUCACUAUGCCUUGGCGGCAGCGGCCAGUUGGGUUGAGUAUUUCAUCGAGGUUUAUUUCUUCCCUGACAUGAAAACAUGCCGGCUUUUGUGGCUCUUGGGAUUGGUCCUCUGCUUCACUGGUGAAGCCCUACGAAAGUUAGCCAUGAUCACAGCGAGUAAAAACUUCAGUCACAUUGUCCAAUUUGAGCGCCACCAAGGACACGAGCUGGUCACCCACGGCGUGUACAGUCUGAUGAGGCAUCCGUCGUACGUGGGCUGGUUCUGGUGGUCCAUCGGGACGCAGGUGGUCCUGGCUAAUCCGGUGUGCUUCAUCAUCUACACCGUUGCCAGCUGGAAGUUCUUCCACGAUCGGAUCUUCAUGGAGGAAAUCACGCUGCUGAACUUCUUCGGUGAAGAUUACUACAAGUACCAGCAGCGAGUGUCGACGGGGCUGCCCUUCAUUCGGGGGUUCAAGGUGGAACUGUGAUGUUUGGAGGGCGAUCAUCCUGACAGAGGUGGCGAUAUUGGCGGGUUGGAGUGUAGGGAUGUGUCGCCGCUAGAGAGUGAUCAGUGGGUCAAAAGGAAGGGAAAGCAUGAUAGUACGAGGAUUACGCUGAAAGACAGCGAAGACGAGGACGAGGAUGAUCGCAGAAAUAUGACCGGUAGUUUUUACCAUGGACGAAAUCGACACUAUUCCGGCAGCUACGAUAACGUGUACGAAGAAUCGACGGUAGUUUGAAGCGGGUUGUGAGUGAGAGUGCUUUAGGUUUUCCAUUGUUAAACUUCGUUUUCGUUCCUCGCGAUGAGGGGCAUGUGAGGACCGCGGAGGAAGCACAUUUAAUUUUAGGGACAAAUACAGUCAUUAACAGAUAAGAGCUUGAGAAGUUGCAAACUUCCGAUAUAAAUGUAAUAUUCUGACGAAAAUGUUGAAGUCAUUAUGGUGGGAGGUAGAUAUGCACCAAGAUAUCUGUUAGCAGAAAGAAAAAUCAAUAUUUCGUUCCUUUAGAUUGACAAGUUAAAACAAUAACGUCGUAUCCUGUGUCCACUCAAUGAUGGAGUAGUACUGUAGUACUGAGUAUUCUCUCAAAAAAAAUCUACCCUCUUUUACUUCUACUUUCACCUUUAUUUUUGUGGCUUAUUACACCCGAUAUUCGGAUUACAGGGUAUAUCGAUAUCAUUCUUGAUUAAAUUAGGCAUAAUUUAUGCAUAAUUAUUCAAAAUUAUCACUUCGGUUGUAAAAUGUUAUUUUUCCUUUCCAUACAUUUUGAUACAGGGAUCAGUUCUUCACUUACGUUCAUAAGAUGUUUUGGAGGUAGCUACUUCUUCCGGUGGGAUUUGAAACCAUAACCCCUGUACGUUAGAGAGCUGCUUUUCCUACCUCAGGAAUCUUCCCCACGGAUUGUGUAGUGAUGAAUUUCCAAAGGGGUUCGAGAGAAUCUUAAGACCCCAUUUCAAAUACGUGGGGAUCACGAGGCAUUGCGCGACAUUUUCUCGAAGUGAGAAGUUACCUUUAACCUUUUCAAGCCCAAAUUUUUCUAAGAGGUAUUAUCCAGUAAAUUUGAUAUGUUUCAUUAGCUUUUGUGAUUAGUAAUGGAGAAAUGACAAAACAAGUUGAAAAAUAUCUUUUCGUGAUUUCCAAAGAUCAUCCAAACUAUCCUUGAGCCCAGAGCUUGCGAUCUAUAGUUACCAUGUCUGUAGAUUUCUAUGUUACGCAAUGCAUACAGGGGAACGGUUCGGCACUUCAUCUCAUACCUCCCAUUUCCAUCCCAUCACAAACAAAGCAAUGAAAAGGGAUUUAAUUUGUUCUUUAUUUCUGUGAUUUUUAUCAUAUAAAUUAUGGCAUAUCUGUCUCCGUGCAUUGAUAAACAUAUUUUGGUAAUAAUCGAUGCUGCUAUGAAAAAAAAACACAAACAUACCUAGAAAAUUUUAAGCUUCACUGGAAGGAUGCAGACUGGGAGGAUGUUUAUAAAGUUA